CUAAAAUGCAGAUAAGUAUAUAAAGGGGUUGUGGUCUGUACUAAGAAGACUUUUACGGAGCCUUUGGACUACAUGGUGACAUUGCAGCGGGAGGAUCAUACGGAAUAAAGAUGGUGUCAAAGACGUGGCUGUGGCUCCUCUACACCUUCACCCUCCACGUCGUCUACAUCGUCGGGACUGAAAUGCCUAUAAAGGUUGUAUGUUAUAAGAAGCAGCUCAUCACCGAUCCACAAUGUGAUGCCACUCAUGAAAAGAUGUAUCCGAAAACGUUCACAAUCGGACGCCUUCAAAACCAUACGUGUUCCCUUAAUAUUCAUUCGCAAGGACAAGAUGAAUACAAACAAUGUUGUCACAUGAAGGAUGGAGACACAGGUGAGACGUAUCAUCUUCCAGCUGAAGCAUACAAGAUUUCUCCAUAUAACAACAUAUACAGGGAGUUUGUGACACAAUGCAUAGGACAAGCUAAGUGUCAGUUAGGCAAUCCUGGCGUUGUACACGACACGAAUCUACAAGACGGUGACUCAGCGGAUUACGUUGCUUUUGAAUAUGAGUGUGUAGAGGAGAACCAAAUUUUGCAUUUCACGGGGGAUUCCACUCUAAACGACUCACAGAUUUUCUUACUCCACGACCAAGCAGCUCAAUCAGUUAAAAACUCUUACUGUGUUGCUUACACAUGUCAGUCAAGUAUCACAGUUACCCUUGUUGGGAACACUGUGAGCACAUCUUCUUGCAACCUCGUCAUGUCUGAGGAAGGCCGCACUUCCAUCACUUUCAACUGUCAAGACAACACUACCAGCAACACAUUAUUUCAGAGCGAAAGCAACAAGAUAGGAAUCUCCCUGAACAUGACUGCAAACUUUGUGACAAGUGCUUCAGAAAUGUUGUGGAUUCGUGUGAAAGCUUCUAAUGGAGGACUUGUGACUGUGGCAUGUGGACUCAAAGUUCCAACAACCGUUACACAACAUUGUCCUAAGAUUACGACGACAACCCCUUCUGUCCCAUCCGUAAGGCCAACUAUCCCAGAUACAUCAGACAUGCCAACUGUCCCAGAUACACCAGACAUGCCAACUAUCAGCGCAAUACAAGUGAGAACCGAAACAGUGACAACGACCAAAUCAACAACAGUUGGGGCAACAGCGGGAACAGCGGCAGCAGCAGCAACGACAACACCGGCUGUUAUAUCAAUCGUCGGAACAUUUAUCGGAGGACUGGCUGCAGGGAUUUGUCUAUCCGCUCUUACCUUUGUCAUACACAAGAAGUGCAAAACAAAGAACAGAGUUGGUGAUCAGCGUGCCGAAGAUAUAAACGUGGACGUGGCCGUUAAUACCUUGCCGAAUACACUUGGUCAUCCACCUGCCUGGGCUGGUUCUGUCGAAGGAGCAAGUGUGCCUCAUUAUUCUCAGCUGGAUAGCAAGAUGCCCCUGCCCGCGCCAUUCGGUGCUGCGUCACAUCAAACUCCGCAUUCAGCUAACUCAUUACCUCCUAUCAGACACAUAUAAAGUAUUGCCAUAUAAGUAUAUAUGUGUUGCCGUUAGCAUUGUUAGGGCGGAUUUAUUCUAACAGCUACAACGGGAUAGAAUAGGUCCGGGCGGUUUCAUUCUCACGAAUGUUCGUUUUUUUCCCGUGUGAAAUAAUGAAAUUUUCCUGAAACGUUGCUUUGUCUGAAAAAUCAUGAUAAGAGGAUCUUUUGGUAUGCCAGGAUAAGAUUUGUGAUGUGACAAAUAACUCGGUAUAAGUAUCGGUAUAAGGUUCCCCCACUGGCGCUUACCAUUGUAAAGAAAGGGGUAGCGGGUGAUCCACGACAAGUAGUACGAUGGAUAUGUGCUUGUCCUGUCUCGACUAACACUGAGUUCUAGUGGCGAGCUCAAUAGCACAUAUUGGUACGUGGAUAUGUCAGGUACCAGAUCUACAGCAAAUUAGAUCAAAACAAUGUAGAAGUAUCGUGACAAUGACACUUCUCUUCGUAUUCUGAUGCAGUUUCUGUAUCUGGCAAACAGUGCACUUGUCGAAAUCGCCAAGUUUGGAUUUGAUC